GAGAUGAAGUAAAAAUUGAUUCAUUUUCGAUCUCAUUGUUUGUGUUUUAAAAGUAUUGAAAUAAAGUUGUUACUUUUUUGAUCUGAAUUAUGGGUCAAAACCAAUCAGGUGGUGGAAGCGGUGGUGACAAGAAAGACGAUAAAGAUAAGAAGAAGAAGUACGAACCUCCGAUCCCUACGAGGGUUGGCAAGAAGAAGCGUAAGGCUAAGGGUCCUGAUGCUGCAUUGAAGUUACCACAAGUGACUCCGCAUACGCGGUGUAGGCUAAAAUUGUUAAAACUCGAAAGAAUAAAGGAUUAUCUUCUUAUGGAAGAAGAAUUUAUUCGCAAUCAGGAACGUCUGAAGCCCCAAGAGGAGAAGAUAGAAGAGGAGCGUUCCAAGGUCGAUGACUUAAGAGGAACACCUAUGUCUGUUGGCAAUCUAGAAGAAAUAAUAGAUGAUAACCAUGCCAUUGUCUCUACAUCUGUGGGAAGUGAGCAUUAUGUUAGCAUUUUAUCAUUCGUGGACAAAGAUCAAUUGGAGCCUGGAUGCUCUGUUCUAUUAAAUCAUAAGGUUCAUGCAGUUGUUGGUGUACUAGGUGAUGAUACAGAUCCUAUGGUAUCUGUUAUGAAGUUGGAGAAGGCUCCACAGGAAACAUAUGCUGAUAUUGGUGGUCUUGAUACUCAAAUUCAGGAAAUUAAGGAGUCAGUUGAGCUGCCGUUAACUCAUCCAGAGUAUUAUGAAGAGAUGGGUAUCAAGCCACCGAAAGGUGUCAUUUUAUACGGACCUCCAGGAACUGGUAAAACUCUUCUGGCUAAAGCUGUUGCUAAUCAGACAUCGGCUACAUUCCUUAGAGUUGUUGGUUCUGAACUUAUUCAGAAAUAUUUGGGUGAUGGACCAAAACUUGUGCGAGAAUUGUUCAGAGUGGCCGAAGAACAUGCUCCAUCAAUAGUAUUCAUUGAUGAAAUUGAUGCUGUUGGUACAAAACGGUAUGAUUCAAAUUCUGGUGGUGAAAGAGAAAUUCAAAGAACUAUGUUGGAACUAUUGAAUCAAUUGGACGGUUUUGAUUCAAGGGGUGAUGUCAAGGUUAUCAUGGCUACUAAUCGUAUAGAGACAUUGGAUCCAGCGUUGAUUCGUCCAGGGCGUAUUGAUAGAAAGAUUGAGUUCCCACUGCCUGAUGAAAAGACAAAGAGACGUAUCUUCACUAUUCACACAUCAAGAAUGACGUUAGCUGACGAUGUUAACUUGUCAGAGCUUAUUAUGUCCAAGGAUGAUCUCUCUGGUGCUGAUAUAAAGGCAAUUUGUACUGAAGCUGGGUUGAUGGCAUUGCGAGAGCGUCGUAUGAAAGUCACUAAUGAAGAUUUUAAGAAGUCUAAGGAGAGUGUCUUAUAUCGCAAAAAAGAAGGAACUCCUGAAGGAUUGUACCUUUAAAUAUAUAAUUUUUUUCUUAAUACAUAUGUGCAUUGUAAUGAAAGUUGAUUAAAAAACUUUUAACCUCCAUUGA